AUGACAGAUAUCGCUGCAAUAUGUCAAAAUAUACCUGGGUUCGAAGAAUGUGACGAACAGGAUGUUAAUGAAUGCCUCGAAUUCGAUCAUAAUCCACAAGGACAUCAAAUUUAUGAGGACGAUGAAAUUGUCGAUAUCGUUUCUAACAUGGUUGACGAUAACGCCGAGGACAGCAGCGACGAUGACCAUGAUAAUGAUGAUCUACAGCCUUCACAUUCCGAUGCAUUUAACUCAUUGGAAACUGCUAUGAAGCGAUUCGAGAACCAGCCUGAGUCUAAUUCGAUGCAGUUGCUAGUGCUGAAAAGAAUCCGCGAUUCUUUUCAGCACUAG